UCAUAAUAAAUUUUGCGUAUACUGACUGUACAUUCUUAUGUUUUAUACUAACGAACACAUUAGCAAUUUGAAAUGGAAAACAAACCCAUACUGAGCCAAUAUUUUGGUCAAUCGGAGGUUCCACCGACAUCACAAUUUUUUGAUGAAAUCGGCACGUCUCCUUCUGAAAUGGUUCAAAGUGUUUAUCUGGGCGACACUGAAGGAAACCUCGCAAGUACUGGUAUGUUUACUCAAGGCAUGACUGGUCAGUUUACUCAACAGAAACCUGGGACAGCUCUUCCAACAGUAUCCGGUUCAGCAGCAGUACCAGUUGCUUGUCUCCCUGAUCCCUCUACAUUCUUUGAUACAAUUGGCCCAGAGCCACAAUUAGGACCAAGGAAAAGCAGUAUGGUUUCAGCUUCAAUCAUUACAGAAUCUCUUGAUGGAUUAAGCAUAAAGAAUCAACCAGUUGAUAAAGAGGCUGAUAGAAGACGAGAUGCCUGGAUCCCAAAUGAGGAAGCAAUGAAGACAUUGCUCAAGGCUCAGUCUUCUCCCAAAGGCUCAUUUUUUCCUGAAAGAGAGGUUCUAACAAUGCCUGGGAUUGUUCUAGAAGAAGAAUUGCCAGAUACACUCCAAGAAGUGGCUGUUAAAUACCUGGGUGUGGCUUCGGCGGGAAGUCGCGGGGUAGUCCGCGCGGAACACGUGAGCAGGGACGAGGCAGGGCUAAGGGAAUUACUACGGACGGGCUAUCUGAGGGCUGCGGUCAAUCUGACUGCGACACUUAUAACUGCCGCUGGACAAGGCCCCGGUCGACUUCAUCGUCCCACUAAACAUACACCGCGUACGCUCCAACUGUGGCUGACUCGCUUCUCUGUCAUGUUGAGGAUUCAACUGAACGAGGCGUUAGUGAAAGAGGCCGAGGCCUUUGGUGACUUCAACAAGCCUGAUAUGUACUACCAAUUCUACCCAGAGCAGUACGAGAAUCGAACUGGUAGUCUCGUGCCGUUCUCGCUGAGACUACUGAUCGCCGAGUUGCCGGGACACGUCGACAAACCGGAGCUUGCAAUGGACAGACUGUACGGCAUGCUUGAUGUUAUUGAAAAGAUGUUGAGCAACCUGAAUGAGAGCAAGACGGAAGACGGUACAGGCUCCGUAUCGGAAGAGGACAAGCUGCAGUCGGUGCGGCUGUGGAGCGGCCGAAGAGUCAGGGUGCUACAUUCCAUUGUUAACUGCGCCAUCUCUAUGAAGGAUUACAGAUUAGCAACCAAGAUCCUGUCGUCGCUCCAGAAGGACUCCUCGACGCCGCAACAGGAACGGGCUGUGCUGAGCGCCCUGUGUCGUCUGCAGCUCCUGGCGGGGAACGUCAGGGCUGCAAACAGUUUCCUGCAGCAGGCUACAGAUGUGCGGCAACAGAUCUGUCCGACCCCCGACGUGCGAGAAUACGUAGACCUGGGUCUGAUAGACAUCGCCCACGGCAAGUACCAAGACGCAUACAACAACUUCGCGAAGGCGGCUGAUCAGGAACCCACAAAUAUUAUGGUGGCAAACAACCUGUCCGUAUGUCUUCUAUACAUGGGCAGACUGAAGGAAGCAAUAUCGGUGCUACAGAAAGCGGUUCACUCGGACCCUGAGCGAGGUCUCAACGCAAGUCUGCUGAUCAACUUGUGUACUCUCUACGAGCUGGAGUCGUCCAAGGCGACCGAUAAGAAACUGAACUUGCUGAGAAUGCUGUGCAAACACAAAAGCGACACCAUACCCAAUGUUGUAGAGUGUUUGAAGUUGGCUUGAUCUAAUAUAGGCUCGUGAAUGUUGGGGAACAAUAAGGGACGAGAUGAGCAGAGCGUUCAGCUAAUUGUAAUUGAUACGCCCUGCCCAUAACAUUGCAGUGCCGCUCAGGAAUCUUGAAAAACCCCAAUAAUUCUGAGUGGCACUACAAGUCAAGUGUCAUUUGCCCAGUAAUUUCACUAGCUACUACGGCGCCCUUCAAACCGAAACACUGUAAUGCUUACACAUUACUGCUUCACGGCAGAAAUAGGCGCCGUUGUGGUAUCCAUAAUCUAGGCAUCUGGUGCAAAGGAGCCUCCCACUGGUAAAGUUAGUACAGCCUGCUCGUGCCAACUAAGUAGCGCAGACAGUCAAGAGUUUACUAGAGUUAUUUCUAUAAUUGUUAUUAUAUAGUGUAAAUAUUAUAAAAAUUUAUAGAUUUAGGCGAUAUUCCACGGGAAACACUCCUGAAGAUGUCUCGCGAAAAGGCGAAACACAUGUUGUAGUACAUGUUAGCGAAAUAAACACCAAUUAUACCAUUAUUCUAAUUGUUAUAAUCACUGACCUGUAUAAAUAUCACUGAACAGGCUGUUCCAUAUAUUUGACAGCAAUUUUUAAGUGCCCAAUUUAAAACGCCACUCGCGAGCGUGGAGAGAACUAGUUUUGACGUAUAAUACAAAAUGGCUGCGAGAGAAGCGUACAAUACUCUGUUUUUUUUUGCAUUUUGUAUUAAUUACGGUCGUUUUCCGUCUUAUUUAUACUUCAGGAAUCAACAUCAAUUAAGUACACAUUUUUUAUCAUAUCGAUGCUUGUUUCGCUGAGGUUGUCAUUACUAGUGUUAGUACCGCAGCCUCUCGCUACAUGGCCAACAGCGAUAAAAUGGCGAAUAUCAAACAGGCACAAAAGCACUUUGACAGCCGCCAGUCUAGUGGUAAAUAGAAGAGUUCAGUGGUUAUAAUACUAUAAGUAUGAUACGAAAAUUGUUUUUUUUUUCUUCAUAUAAACAACAAUUAAAGAAAUUUGUACUUAGGUCGUCUCUACUGUGGUCUUAUGAACAGUUUCAUUAUUUGUUUAUUUUAGCUUUAGUUAAAUCUCUGUAUUUUCCAUAAAUUUAUAAUACCUACUAGUGCAAAUCACAAACACUCUCCUCAUUGCGGCGAGAUAAAAUUUUAAAUUUUCAUGUGUGCUAGUUUUACAGAUGUGUUAGUCAGUUAGUGAAGUGUAUAGUAUUGUGCUUUUGGUCAAUCCCUAUAACAAAUAUUGGUAAAUGGCGUCAUAUCUUAAUAUAUAUAAAUCUCGUGUCACAAUGUUUGUCCUCAAUGAACUCCUAAACUAAUGAACGGAUUUUAAUGGUGAUUACUUCAUGGAGUGCAGUUUGGUCCAACUUGAGAGAUAGGGUAGUUUUUAUUUCGAUUUGGGACCCAUAAAUAUUUUUAUUUUCAAUAUUUGUUUUGUAUGGACAUAUUUUCUAUGAGAGAAUUUAGUGACGCACGGUUUGACAGUUCCGCUGUGAAGCAAUUUCAUUCUAACAACAGGGAGCAUAUUUACGAAAUAAUUUUUGAUGUUUUGAAAUAUAAAACAGUUGUUUUUUUACUAUCUACAGAACAACGUCUGUCGGGUCAGCUAGUUUCCUUAUAAAAUAUGUUAUUAUCUAAUCUAACACAUAUUUUCUUUAUUAUAAAUCUUAAGAAAAUAGUGUUUAUUGCGUACAUAAAAUGUAUUUUAGUUUUUUGUUCUACGAAAACAAACAUCACGAAAGUUGUAUUGAAGAAUUAGUAUUUACAUGUGAAAUGUUUCUUUAGUUGGAUUAUUGAAAUGAAAUGAAAUUAAAUUAAAUUUUAUUUGCAGGAAACAUUGUACUUAAAAUGUUAACAUAAUAUUAUUGAUAAUCCAAUAUGUUUUGUCAAAUGACAUGCAAAAAAUGUUACAAAAUUGUCUAAACACUACUGUUAUACCGAAACAUGUCGGAUUUCACAAUGGUAUCAUAAACAUUUAUAAAACUAAAAUUUUAAGAUAUUAUAAUAUGAGACGUAAAUAACUUAAUAAUUCAUUUAGUAUCUAUGUAUAAUAUUAACAAAUGUCAUAAAAGUAUAUUAAUUUACAUAUAUUAUUAUCAAAUAGACUAAUUCAUUUUGUAUUGAAAAAUUCAUUUAAACUACAGAAGCACUCUUUUAUUAACCACUGAUGCAGUCUUCUUUUAAAAACUUUGAACGGUAAAUCUUUAAAUUCAUUGGGCAAUUUAUUAUAUAUUUUCACAGACAUGCUGUAACAAUUUCUACUAAAAGAUGCAGUUCUACAGAAGGGCAUUAUAAGUUUGUUGUUUUAUGUAACAACACAAUCUAAUACAGAACACGACACCAUUAUAUUUUCUAAUUAAUAUCCGUUUAAACAAUAACGAUAAAAACACUAAAAUUAAAACGCGGUCCAAUUUGACAGGAGACUAAUGGACACUAAAUUGUUUCACGGUCUUCAUCUAUACCGUCUCUUUCUCACGCCUAGGUUUUUAUCUAAGGAUAAUUAUCUCACUUUCACACAGGGUUCGUCUAUUACGGUAGUAUACAUGGGCGCGAAUCGCCACCUACCGUCAAUUGUUUGCAACUAUUGAUAUUUAUGUUUUAGUUUAUCGUUAAAAUGAAUAUAUUAUUAUAGAUAUAUCUGAAAUAUAUAAGAUUUAAAUACAAAUAGCUAUUUGUAAACAUAAAACUGUUAUUUAUUAAGGUCUAACUAAUUUAAUAGACACUGUUUUGACUGUUUGAAUUGUUUGAAGAUGUUUGAUGUUUCAUUUAUUGUUGAAAUACUUAAUUGAAUGUGUAAAUGUUCAAAUUAAUUUGUAUUAGAAUCAAUAUCGUUAUUCUGUAUCAAACUUUAUUAUUUUAUGCAAUAAGUCUUUCUUAAUUGUAUUUCGAAAGUUGCUUGCAGCGCCAUCUUCUUAUUUCGUAAUGUUUGUUCAAAUUAAAUGAACAAACUAUUAUAUAAAUCAUUUGAAGUUAUAUAAAUUCGCUAAAACAUUUAUUGAGCUGUAUUUACGAAUUAUUUUACAAUACCUAAUUUUAUUUUUGUUUUAAAAGAAGUUGUAUCUACUCUGUUUCAUCUAUUGUACGGAAGCUAUAAAAGCGAUUGUUUUAACCAUCUUUAUGGUUCAUAUCUGUACUAGCAGUUGUGCUUCAAUAAACUGAGAAAUUAUUAGUGUUGUAUUUCUUCAUGGUGGACCCUGGUCAAGGAAACCCUGGCUUAACGCCGUCAUAUACUAAGGUAAUGGUAUUUUCCGCUUUAGACUAGGGCCGACUGGAAUGGACCUUUUCAUUACCAAUCGUUUUCCCAACCUAAUUAUAUUAUGAUUUUGUUAUGUGUGUAGUUAUUAUAUAGCGCCAUUUAUUAUCUUUGAAUGGAUUACAUCAAUUAAGUUUUAAGUGUAUAGUGACUCAUAUAUGAGUGUACAAAGUCGAUUGUGAAAAUUGAAAGAUAGUUUAUUUUAAUUGAGUAAUGGCUACAAUUAUUUAUUUCAUGUACUGUUUAAGUAAAUUGUAUCGUACUUAGGUAUACGUGGCGACACGUAAGUCUUGUGCUGACCGUUAUUGCGUUUAAGUCAAAAGUAAGGUAUUUAUUUGGGGCUAGAGGAGUACCGAUUGGCCUCACCAGUUGUAUUCCCCCGCACCGAUACAGCACCCCGGACACUUCCAGUGUACAGUCACGUUCUAAAUUGUAUUGUUAUUCGCUGUUAUUUCUUUUUGUUGUUUAUUGUUAAGAUUUGGUCUGUCUGUUAAAUACACACACAUAUAUUCUAUUGCUGAGAAUUUUUUGGCGACUCGGGCACGUAAUUAAAUUUGUACAAAAAUACUUAACACUUUAUCAUUGAAUACUUAUCAAAGUAUAAAAUUCGCGUUCGCAACAGAACCUACCCUUACGCAGCUAUCCUCCAUAUUUCGCUCUGUGCUAGACUAACUAGGUUUUAUUACAUUAAAAUAAUGUCAUUAAUGUUAAUUUACUAUUAAUCAAUUUAAGUAAUAUUUGUAAAGCGUGCGCGACACUACCCAAGCGCAACUAUCCUCUCCAGGUUUCGUUCAGCGCUAGACUUUAUGGGGCUUAGUAUUUACAAUAUUAUACUAACGAGUAUGUCCAUUUUUUUAGAAAUUCGACAGUUAUAAUUAAUGUAUAGAUAUUUAUUUAAUUUAUAUUAAUAAAUACUUUACUGUU